AUGGAUACAACCUUUGCGGUACUUGGAGGAAGGGCAGACUUUGCUCCAGCGAAGACCACGGGCAUACAUUAUGAUUGGCUCCGUGGCUCCUGGCUUCUACCGGGCGGACAUUAUUGCGGUCCUUGGUGCAAUCACAUUUUCAACUCAGCAAUACCUCCGCAGUUUACCUGCGCAAUUAUUGCUCGUUCCUUGGAAGUCCCCUUUGCAGGACAUUCUGGGACGGGUCCAAAAGUUCGAAGAGGGAUGAAAUCUCCGAUGAUACAGGAUCGACAUCGGAGUUUGGCAAUAUUCAUGUACUGCGCAGAAGUGGUGCCCGCGGUAGCAGUCUAUGACCCCUAUCCUAUGUCGGUGGUGCUGAUCUCGUCAAAGUUCGAUCAGCGUAAAGAGGUACGAACAUUGCACCGCGGUCACCAAGAUGCGGCACCGUCUCAGAUGGAAGGUAGUGGGGAUCGUCUCCUUAAAUCACAAGCUACAGCUACCUGGCUCAAGGCGACGCGUUGGGGAUAUGUUUGUGCUGACUCUAAAAUUCUGGCAGAUAUUCUCGGCCCUUCCAAACCCCUGGCGCAGUUGCCUAUAACCUGGCCAGUAACCCGGCUAGGAAGCUUCGAACCUAAUCGCGGCUCUGGCCGCACCGCAUGCUCGUAUGCGUCAUUCGCGAUUGCAAAUUUAGGCGCAUAUGCAAUGCAGCUUCAAUGCAUUGCACUAUUCCAAGUUGUGCUUGCUGUUGAGUCUGAGAUCGCCGAGUUCUGGAUUUCAUCUGCGCGAGCCGAAGAAUCGGACAAGUCACUGUCCCUACACGACGGGGUUGUCGAGGAACAGCCCAAGUGGCUCUCUAUUGCUGACGAGGGCAGUGGGCAGACUUUACCGUGA